AUGGAAACACCAGAACUAAACACUCAACCUAUUACCACUACUUCUUCUUUAUCACUUCCUAAACUCUGUAAAAAGACUAAUUCUCAUAAAAUAGAAAACCUUAUUGAGUACUCUCAUGUUCCUGAAGAUGCUCAAAUUUUUGAAACAAUACCUCCUCUGUUGAGUCCGUACAACAUCUUCAAAAGACAAAGAAGUGUUACCAGAUCCAUCCGAAAUAUUAUCUCUACCAAUCGUCCUCAUAUGAAAGAGUACAUCCAGUCAUCUAGACUAGACCAAUGCAGCCUAAGAGCUACAAACCAAGAGCAGUAUGUAGAUCUGGAGAUUCCCCAAUAUCUCAUAAAUCACUGGAAAAUUGAAGGAUAG